AUGGCCAAUAAUUUUCUUCCAGUAUACAAGGACCACUUAGAUGAAGAAGACUACAUAGACAUUGAAGUGAGUCCUUGCUCUUACUUUUUUUCGUGUCCUAAAUCUUCCCCUCAAAACAGAGAAUUUGAGUUCAAAAUGGCCUCAAAUACCAAUGAUAAAAAAUCCACAACUUCCCCUGCUGAUGAACUUUUCUACAAAGGAAAACUCCUUCUACUUCACCAAAAAUUCCUCCAAACAGAGCCCUUUCAACAAGAUUUAGAAGAAGAAACCUUUUGCAUAAACUUUUUGAUCACCCCCAUUGGUUCUUGCAAUGUUUCCCCAGCACAUUCUUGCCGUGUGAGUUUUGAACUUAAUCAUCCAAAUGGGCACUUCUUUGAGUGGUCCAGUACUGAAUUCACCACUGGUAGUAGCUCCAUGGAUAACCAUAACAGUCCUAACAAGAAAGUUUUGUCUAAGAAGCUCAAUCUUAUUAAAUAUUCUUUAAUUAGUCAAAAACUCAAAGCUUCAAGGGCAUAUCUGAAAUCUCUGUUUACCAAAUCUUCUUGUUCUAGUGGUAAUAGCUGUUCUAGAAAGGACAUGAAACUGUCCAAGAAACAAAUCUCAUUUAAAAAUACUUAUAUUGGAACCCGAUUAAAUCCGAUCAUUGAGAGAGCUGAUGGUACAAGGUCAUUCUCAGCAGCAGAAACGAAGUGGAAUUCUGCAAGAAAGUGUUUGUCUUCCUCUUCAACUAAUUCAUCCUCAACUGGUGGUUCUUUCUCAUCAUCUAAUUCUUCCUUCAACUCCAAUAAUGACUUGUAUGAGUUGAAUUUCACCUCAGAGAUUGAGGGUUCAAUUGAGGCUGCUGUUGCUCAUUGUUUUGCGAAGAAAAUGGACGAUGUGUUUGUGACUUUGAGGUUUAACCACGGAGAUAUAAAUGAAAAGGUUGGGGCAGGUGAGGGUAGUCAAACAUUUGGGGGUAGUGAAGGCUUAGGGUUUGAAGAGGCUGCUGGUCUUGAUGAACCCUUAGGUGGGACUUCAGUUGCUACUGCAGCUGAUGAUGAUAAUGAUUCUGACUUAGAAAGUGAGAGUGAAUCUGAGAAGUCUGACAAUGUAGUGGUAGAGAAGGUGAAGAAGAGGAAUUUGAUAGUGAUGUCCAUGAGGAGGAUAGGAAUCUAA